GUUGACAUGAGCGCGGCAAGUUCUUCUUCACUGCCACCUUUAGAGGACAGAUUUUCUGUCGUUCUUUCGAGAUUAGAUAGGAUUGAAAAUUCUCUGAGGUGUCUUGAAGAUAUAAAGAAAGUUUUGGUUGAAAUCGAAGGCAACACUCACCCGGAUAGCGAUGGAAAAAGUGUUCAUCGGAAAAUCGUUCCUGAGAAGGUACGAUCCUAACAUUUGUUGGAGCCUAUAUUAAUUGGUCUUUUGCAACUUCUUGUUAAAAAGGGGGCUUAAGUUUCUUAAAGGCUUUGAUUCAUGUUCUUAUAAACGUAGUAAGCUACGUAUUUCUUUCAUUGAUGACCACUGUGACCUUGCAUUGUAAGCUUAUAUCAACUCAAAACUUUAAAUGUCUAAGCUUUCGAGAUAAUUUUUUUGCUCAACAAGUAAUAGUAUAUUUCAUAAUUACCCAAAGUUUACAGCGGGAAUUGAAAUUGCCUUAUUUUAGGAUAACAGGUAAUAAGGACAAAGUAAACUAAUAAUUAUAAUAAUUAUUCUUAUAUUGGGCAUGUACAGGACUUCGUCUUUCUACUACGAAAGACAAGCUGUCAUUUUAAUCGUCAUGAAAAUACGGUAGUUUGAUUGCAAGAGAAAUUUGGUUCGAUUUUGGUGUGGGUUGGGCCCUGCCUUGUUCUAUUAAAGACAUUGCAAUUAAGUGUUUGUUAGACAACGCGACUGCCAGUGAUCAAGGAGUAUCACGGACCAUGGGAACAUUGAGUGUCGGCGCAAAGGUCACUGGAAUGGGUGGGUGAGAAAAGUCAAGAUCCCCUGUUUGAAACCAAAAUUGCUCCACUUGCUCUUGAUUACGAAUCUGUUAGAACACACCUGGGUACGAUCAAGAGGCAGUGUCUGGCCUCUAUCAAUCAAUCGAUCAAACAAUUAAUCAAUUUUUUAUUUACCCACAUAACAUCUAGUGAGCUAAAAAACUCGUUCAAAAUAUGUAUUCGCUAAAAAUAAAUAAAUUAUUAUUGGCAAUGUAGUCACGUAUGCAUUUCAAAACAAUCGUAUUUAGUUGCUCUGCAUCAUCCAGCUUAGUUUUGCAAACAAAAUAAAAAAUGAAUAGAUACUAAGGGUAAAGCCUAAGAUAUACAUGUGGCUGCCAAGAAAAAAAAUGAAAAAUAACUACAGUCUCAAGCAAUUGAAACAGACCACCUUGCAAAGUGUGAAAUGUUUGAAAUGAAUACCAGUCGGUGCUUAACUUGGAAUUCAAUAUUAAAUUUAAUUCCAUAUUAUUAAAGAAACUACAGUGUAAAUGUAUUGAGUGAUUAACUUUGGUAAUUUUUGUUAGGCUAGUGUUUAAUGGGCAAUUUUUUUCAUGGGUUCAGUUUCUGAACAAAAUUGAUCACUUUUUUGAUGGCAUGUUUUUCCCUUUGUCAGGUGACUGUAGGAAUACGAGCUAGUAUCAUAUCAGUUGGUGACAUUGACACUGUUGGACAGCAAUUUAAAUGUGAUUUUUAUCUUUCUGCAUGCUGGCCAGAGCCACAACUCCAAGGACGAAGUUCAACAGAGGUAAACUCUUUAAACUAUGGUUGGCACAGUCUUGAAAAGUCCUUGAAUUGUAGGGAACUGUAGGGGAGGUCCUUGAAAAGUCCUUGAAUUUUCUUCAACUUUGAAUAGAGACCUGGAAAGUGUUUUCAAAUGCGGCUUUUUGGAUGUCAAAGACAGACUAUAAAUCAUAGCUCAGAGCAGUUAGUGGGAAUUUCCAUAAAGCAUUUUUUUUGUUUUAUGCAACAGUUAUGAAUUUGAGACAAGGUAACUGAAAAAUGUAGAGAAGUCGGUGGAGCAAGCAGUUCAAGCCUUUAAAGUCCUAUUAAAAUGGAGUGGGAAUUACGUGCAUUUUUAUACAAUUUGUGAAAUUACAUUCCUGGUAGGUGGUCCUUGAAAAUCGAAUGCGGUCCUUGAAAAUUCCUUUAAAAUGGUUGCAAUUUUUUGUAUGAACCCUGUUAAUUAAACUUUUUUGACCUUUAAUUACUUGACUGAAUUAUCAUGCCUCAACCUUAAUAAUGACUUCACUGCCUUUAGCCUGCAAACAGCAGACGCAUUUCCGGUCGUCGCUUCUUCGAAGGGAGAGAAGCGUCGACCGGAAAUGCAUCUGCUGUUGGCAGGCUACACUGCCUUCAACGUGUAAGAAAAAAAAUGUGGUCAUUUUUUUGUAUUUCAGGAUAUAGAUUGGAACAAUGAGUGGCAUCCAAGGAUUGUGUUUUUUAAUGCCUUAGAGAUUGAAAAAAUGCAGAAAAAUCAUUUUUUGUUUUAUGAAGAAGACAAUCCAAUACCAUUUGCUCUUGAAACAUAUAGAAUAAAGGGAAGUUUCAGAGAAAACUUGGAGUUGUGGGAUUUUCCUCUAGAUUAUCAGGUUUGGGAAGUUUUCAAUAAAGUUUUUAAUAAUUGUUUAUUAAAAAAAUAGGUUAUGAGUAAUUGUGUUAUUUUGAGUCCUUAGUGUAAAAAUUUCCACAAUUUUUGUAUAUAUCUUUUUUCUUAAAAAUGACUAGAUAACAUCUGCCACAUCUACCUUCCCAAAAGUAGUAAUUUGGGCUAAUGAGGUUCUCUAUAGUUGGAAAUCUUCCUGUUUUCUGUAGCAUUAAGCACCUAGGUGCUGGUUGUUUAUUACUUGUGGUAGGGGGGAGGCGUUGGGGGGCUGGCCAUUUUGAGAAGGCCUGCUAGAUGAUUUUCAAACUGACUCCCCACUUCAUCCUAGCUUUUUAGAAAUGAUCCCCCAUAAAUUUUGCCGUUUGUGAACCAGUACACCUGGUUGGAGCAGACUACAUGGACUAGGUAGGAUGAGGCAAUGUAAUGACAGGGUGGCGUCACCUAGACUACAGAGUCUGGAAGGUUAUUCCCAGAAUUUGACUGAUAUACAGUGUGGGAUUUAGGAAAAUGCAAAAUGUCUGAUGGGAUGUAGGAUUUGACUGCUAUACUCUGAAAGCAGUAUUUGCCAAAAUCUUGGCACGGGAUGCUUUAUUGGGAAAGAAAACAGUAUUUAGCUUAGAGAUAGAAGUGAAAGAAGUUUGAUAUGCAGGGUUGUCAUGAGAAAGGAAUGGGAAUACUGGUUCAUGACCCCCCAGUCCAGGCCAUAAGACUUGUAUAGGUCUGAAGCCUGAUGUGUCUCUAUCAGGCCAUCACAUCUCCACUUCCCAAGAGCAAAGUGAUAAAGAUAUUUUUAAUAGUUAUUUAGGUCAGUUGUGAUCAUAUCACCUCAAGCUGAAUGUUGAUGUAUCCUUAUAUUUCAACAUGAUUUUGCCACUUUUUUAUUAUAUUUACCAGUAGUCUUAGUCUUAUAGUCUUAGGUUAGGGCAAGAGCUUGUGAUUGACAUCAAUUUUAACCUGGCUUAAUAACUUAUCAAUUUUGUAAUAUAUUGAGUGGCUGUAUACUUUUUUGUGGUAAAUAAAUAAACUGAAACUGAAAUUCAUGCAUAAUCCCUGAGUUUUAGAUGAGAAAAUAUGUUGCAAUAUUUACGUAAUUAUAUAAUAUAAUUUGGUUGGGAAAUGUUUGACUUUUGACAGGAAUUGACCAUAACACUCAUGUCUGACUGGACAAACGCGAUGGUUGAGUUUGAGAAGGAUCUGAAAAAAGCAGAUACAAUCCGUCCUGAAACAUUCACCGCUGAUCAAGAGUGGUUCCUGUGCAGGCAUGUGGUCACAGAAGCAACAAGUACAGUCAAAACAGAGGGGAGCAGUGCAAAUGACUAUCCUCUGUACCAUAUAAGGUGUCAUGUCAAAAGAAAAAAUGGAUACUACCUUUGGAAUAUUGCCAUGAUCAUAGUAAGGACAUAAACAAAUUUAACGCUUUUCCUUAGACCAAAAGUAAGUACUGUAUUUAUUCGAUUAAACGCCCAACCUAGAAUCAGUGCCCAUCCCCUACUAGCCCUCCACCCCCCGUCCCCCCCCCCACCCUGCCCAAAAAAAUCGACCUUACUGACAGUGACAUUGACAUAGACUAAUUCUAUAAUCAUGGAGUCUUUUGUCACAAGCCAAAGGGGCAGGGUGAGGGAAUAAUCUACAGCCAUGUUUAUUUGUGACAGUCAUUGUAAAUCCUAUUUUUUCUCUUUUUUCUUUUUCAGUUUCUCAUUGAUAUCCUGUCAUUCUGUUCAUUUUCGGUGGAUAUAUCCUCACCUUCAGAUCGAUUAAGUGUCACCCUUACCCUUCUUUUAACUGCUGUUGCUUUCAAGUUUGUUGUGUCACAGAGUUUACCAACUAUUUCAUAUUUGACAUUAUUGGUGAGUAUUAUUAAUAGUGUUUCAUCUACUUAAUGGCAAGCCCUACCAGGAGAGCAAGACUUCAGCUAGCAUAGCUCUAUAAAACACACAACGCGAAACAAAAAUGCCUAAAUAUAGUCUUAAUUUCAAUUGAUGCAAGUAAAAAUAAGCUUUUAAAAAAGAAAGCAACUAGCAUGGUAUAGCCCCUUUAAACUUUAAAUUGUUAGAAGAGACUUCAUUUACCUCCAGUUGAAGACAAGUAUUAAGCCACAUGGGUUUUUAAUGACGGGAAAAAUGCUUGAUAUAUUUUUAUCUCAUUUAUAUUUUGCAGGAUAAAUAUGUUUUGUCUGGGCUUGUCUUUUUGGGCUUCAUGGCAAUUGAAAAUGCAGUGGCUGCUGUUAUUCCUGAUCCAGAUGCUCAAAGGCUGUUUGAUCGAAUUUGUCUUUAUGUUGGUGUUGGCUGCUUCCUUUGCAUCCAUGUUGUAGCACUAACAUUUGUCGUUAUUAAGGUAACAUUUUAUUGUUAAUUGAAAAUCUACUGUCCAAAAUUAACAUCAUUCACUGAUCAUUGUCAACAGACUAGAGCUUUUUUAUAUUGGAGCUUUUUGCAGAAAACCCUUCCUGCUAUGUUAGCUUUGUGACUUAACUAUUCCAAUUGUAAUCGGGGUCAAAGAAAAAAAACGCGCACACACACAAAACAAAUUUUGUUCUUUCGUCCUAACAAGGGAAUAGUACUCUAGGAAGUUUUAGCCAAAGAGUUUUCAUUUGAAUGUGUCCCACCACAGGACUUCAUACUUAAAAGUUAUACUCAGUGACAAAGCCCCCCUCGGCUAUCCUGCUGAGUGUUUCAGAUCAUCAUACAUAAGACAUUAGGUGAACUGUCACAAAACCAGAACCUUUUAGCGACUAUUUCACAACCAUAAAAUUCAUCUGUUAGCUUUUUUGGGACUUAUUACCGACCUAAAUGACAGAUUUUCUUACCCCCAUACUUCAACAAGUGAAAUAUAUACCCUUUCAUAUAUCUUAAUCCUGAAAACCGUACCUCUUUUGGGCGGACCCCACCGGGAAUUUUACUCCCUUGAUCCUCAAAUCUCAGACUUCUUGGGUUAAGCUAGCCUCCCACGCAGGCGUUUUUAGGGGAGGUCGUUUUUCAUCCCUCCCCACAGAGCAGGCGUUUGUGGGGAGGGAUGAAAAACGACCCCCCCCUAAAAACGCCUGCGUGGGAGGCAAGGGUUAAGCUUAGUUGAUGAAAGUUUAUAAAUACCUUUGUUCGUCUCUUUCAGUCAAGAGCACGGAAUCAAGCUCUUGCUACAAGCACGAAAAUGUUUAGGGUAAGUACUGUUUGAGUGGUACAACCUGCGAUCAUGCUCAAUCAGGCGUUCUUCUCUUUCUGACAUUUCUAUUCCGGGCAGGGAAGGACCGCCUGAUCGCAGGUUACUGUUACUCGCGCCCCAUAUUUCUCUGGCGUAGAAGUUGUUAAAUUUCUGAUUUAUUUGUGUAAUACUUGGACCUGUUCACUCCUUUGAGUGAAAACUACUACUAAUUCAAGAAAAAAGAACAUUCCGCAAAACACUGAAAACAACUAAUGUCAGACGAGUUUUAGUGCAAGAGUCGAAGGUGUCCUGGGCGACUGCCCUCUCCCGCCUUUUUGCAGUUCUUGUAGUUCUUAAGUCCCUCCCCUAUGUCAACGCCUCAUCACUAUCACCUCCGCGUUCGCAGUACCAAUUAA